AUGGCCGAUAUGGAGAAGCGCGCUGACUCUGGCAAUGCCAACGACGUGGUCGGGCCUUACAAACCCAGCCUUGUAUUGAAAGAGCAAAGCCAAAAAGAAAACACGAGCAGAAGUUUUCUGGAUAAAUUCGCCCUGCCUGAAUGGACGGUCCGCGGCAAGCUGCUCGAGGGUAGGAUGCUCAACAACAGCAUCGGCAUCAUCGCAUCAUGCGGGUUUCUCAUGUUUGGCUACGACCAGGGUGUGCUGAGCGCGCUUCUGACGCUGGACGACUUUCAGAAGAAUCUGCCUCUGAUGACACCGCGCGAUCAGGCAAACCCCAUCUGCUGGCUCGACAAGGACGCGACUAUCCCAAACCCCGACAUGUGCACUGGAGAUGCGAAUACGCAGGCUGCCGGUGUAGCCAUCUACCAAAUUGGCUGCUUUCUCGGCGCUGUUUUGGUCUUUUUCUACGGCGAAUCCUGGGGCCGCAAGUCCUCGACGUUUUGGGGCAGUCUGAUUAUGAUUAUCGGUACCAUUAUGCAGGCCUCGUGUUUUGAGUAUGGCCUCUUUGUCGCCGGCCGCGUUGUCGGCGGUGUCGGCAAUGGCAUGUCCGAGUGCGCCCGCCCACAUAAACGAGGCUUCCUCAUCAUGCUCUCUGGUGCGCUCAUCUCGGGCGGCAUCAUGAUCGCGUACUGGAUAGACUAUGGCUUCUAUUUCCUCGAGGGCUCCGUUCGCUGGCGCUUCCCCAUUGCUUUCCAGAGCUUCUUCACCCUCAUCGUCAUGUGGGGGCUCAUGUACCUGCCGGAGUCGCCGCGCUGGCUGGCCAUGCACGGCCGCAUGGAUGAAGCCGCCGCGGUGACGGCGCGCCUCCUCGGCCGACCCAUCGAUCACGCCGACACCCAGCAGGAAUUGCAGAGCAUCGUCGACGGCAUCGCGGCCCAGGGCGCGCAGGGUCAGUUUCGCAAUAAGGAGCUGCUCACCGGCGGCCCGUCGCAGAAUCUGCGUCGCACGCUCAUUGGUGUCGCUGCACAGUUUGGGCAGCAGAUUUGUGGCAUCAACCUGAUAACGUACUACGCGACGUUUUUGUUUGAGAACUCGCUCGGCUUCAGCGCGGAAAUGUCCCGUCUUUUGGCCGCGGCCAACGGCACAGAGUACUUUUUGGCCUCGUUGGUUGCGCUGCCUCUUAUUGAAAAGACCGGUCGGCGCACUUUGAUGCUGUUUGGCGCGUUUGGCAUGAUGGCAUCCAUGGCCAUUCUUGCUGGCACCGUGUCGACCGGAACAACGCUCCCCAACGGCGCACCGAGGCUCAACACCACCUACGGCGUGACGGCCACAGUCUUUCUCUUCGUCUUCAAUACUUUCUUCGCCAUUGGCUGGCUUGGCAUGACUUGGCUGUACCCCGCCGAAAUCACCAACCUCCGCAUCCGCAUCCAGGCCAACGCGCUGUCCACCUGUUCCAACUGGCUGUCCAAUUUCCUUAUCGUCAUGAUUACGCCGCCGGCGUUUGCCAAGCUCGGGUACCGCACGUACAUCAUGUUUGCCGUCUUCAACGCCGCCAUUAUUCCCAUGGUGUGGCUCUUCUUCCCGGAACCCAAGGGCCGCAGCCUCGAGGAGCUCGACGUCGUUUUUGCCAGCGCCUACGCGGACAAGGUCAGUCCGGUGCAGCGUGCCAAGGAGAUGCGGCAUAUCGAGGGCCGCGAGCUGGAGACAGAGCUGGAGAAGUACUUUGGCGCGCAAAACACGACGGACCACGCGUAA